AAGAUACUCAAAGUUUGACAAAAAAUUCAGUCAAGAUGAAACUCUUCACAACUCUUCUUGUUUUAUUCCCCUUUGCUCUCACAGGUCCUGUGGAGCCAGUUCGACGUUACGUAGUCGAAGAAAACAACCCGGAAUUCAAAAGGUACAUUUAUAUUGAAAAUCAAAACGGUCAAUAUGAAGAAAUUGACUUGAUGGCCAUCGAUCCUGAAGAAGUCCAACUAAAAGUAGUCCAAUCGGACGUCGAGUAUGACCUCUACACGAGACAAAAUCAAGACUACCCUGACAUUAUCACAAACGGAAAUGUGGAUAGACUUGCCAAGUCCCAUUUUGACCCUAAAAAAUUGACAGUUUUCGUUGCCCACGGCUGGAACAAUAACCGCAACUCCGCUGUCAACACUCACAUCAGACAAACAAUUUUCACCCAUCACGAUGUAAAUUUAUUUAUUAUUGACUGGAGCGGCCCCGCUAACAAAUUCUAUCUUUCCGCCAAAAACUCCGUAGUUCCAGUUGGAGAAUUUGUCGGUAAUUUUAUCACAAAAAUCCAAAAUGCCUACGGUUUGGACGGGUCCAGCUUCGUUUUGAUUGGGCACAGUCUCGGGGCUCAUGUCGUUGGUAGUGCUGGAGCUACAACCCAGGAAAAAGUCAACCAUAUCAUAGGACUUGAUCCUGCGGGACCUCUCUUCUCGCUCAAACAUCCCGAAAAUCGGUUGGAUAUCUCCGAUGGGAAGUUUGUCCAAAUUAUACACACCAAUGGCAAUUUGCUAGGUUUUGCCAGCUCGAUUGGGGAUGUUGAUUAUUACCCCAAUGGGGGGAUGUCGCAACCUGGGUGUGGGUUGGACUUAGCGGGUACUUGUGCCCACAGCAAGGCCUAUUUGUACUUGGCUGAGGCUUUCAGUAGGGGGCCUGUUUUUGAGGGAGUACUUUGUUCGGAUUAUAAGGACUUUAAGAAAGGACGUUGCGCAGAUAAUCCUAAGGCUGUCAUGGGACAACUUAGCAUCCCAACAAGAAACCUUGGUGAUUACUAUUUGCAGACUAAUUCGCAGCAACCCUUCGGACUAUAUUAAUUUACUUAAUUUAAAAAAUUAUAUUACUGUAUUUGUUCAAAAAUACAAAAUUUCUAAAUAAACAGUUUAUAUAUA